AUGGCCUCUUCUUCCUCGUAUCCCCACAAAAAUGAGGAACACCAUGCUCUGCUUUUGGCAUCUUCAUCCUCGCCUCCCCAGAAAUAUGAUUUCCCUAGGGCAUCAUCUUCCUCGUCCCACAAACAAGAUGAGGAUUUUCAACUUUUCUCUGGAAUAAAACCUCCUCGACACAAGAGGAGGAAGGUUUCUGAAUCUUCAAGAUUAUAUGAUGUCUUCAUCAACCACAGAGGUCCUGAUGUCAAAGAAACCCUCGCUCUUCACCUUUACAAAUCCCUUGAGAAGUUGAAUAUACGGGCGUUUCUUGACUCGAAAGAGAAAGUGCUUGGAGAUUCGUUUCCAUCCACUAUUGAAACAGCCAUUCGCUCUGCUGCAGUACACAUAGCUAUCUUCUCCAAAGGCUAUGCAGAGUCCCCAUGGUGUUUGGAGGAGCUGGAUCUCAUGUUGCGGAGUAAAGCUAAGAUUAUUCCUUUGUUUUAUGGAGUGAAGCCUUCGGAUCUUCGUUACAUAGAAAAGGGAGUAUAUGGCAAAGCGUUCGCUGAUUACGAAAAUAAGAAGAGGUACAUCGAAAAACUUGGGGAGUGGAAGAAAGACCUCCAAUCUAUUUCAUUUAUUGCCGGUGAAGAGUUCAACAGAGUCUCAGCAGUGCAAAAGGAAGUAGAAAAGAAGAGGCAUUUAUAUGUUGCCAAAUAUCCGGUAGGACUUCCUAAGCUUGUUGAAGAUUUUGGAAAGCACUGCAUUGAUAAGGUUGUACAAGAUUUUGAAAUCCAGUGCAAGACGAACAAACAAAGAGAAGGCAACGCUAAGAUAGUUGGCAUUUUCGGCAUGGGUGGGGUCGGAAAAACAACGCUUUCCAAAGAAUUGUUCAACCGAAAACGUUCAGAUUAUAGCCGAUCCUGUUUUUUGUUUGAUGUUCGGGAAGCCUCUGUCAAAUUCAAUGUGCCCUCUUUGCAAGUUAAGCUCCUCGCAGAACUCUUUGAUGAAAAAGAAAAAGAUCAUCGAAAGUAUCCAAGCGUAGAGGAUGGAAAAAGUCGUCUCGGUCAUCAUAUCCAAAGGAGGAACAAUUUGAGCUUCCUAAUUGUUCUAGAUGAUAUUGAUCACCUAGAUCAGUUAGAUGACCUAUUGAUCAAGGAUAUGCUGGAUAAAUCUGGCAAUAGUCUAGUAAUUGUCACAACUCGGGAUGUAGGAGUUCUAAUAAACGCAGGAAUCACAGUUGCUUAUAAUUUGAAAGGAAUGGAUACAGAUGACGCUAAAGAGUUGUCUUGUUGGCAUGCAUUUAGUCAAUCUUAUCCAUCUAAUGGAUACGAGAAGCUGGUUGACCUCUUUGUAGGCGUGUGUGGUGGCUUACCACUGUCUCUUCAAGUUCUGGGCAGGCAUGUUCAUGGCCAAGAUCAGAAGUUUUGGGAGUUAGAAUUGAAAAAAGUGAAAAAGACUCUGCCUCAAGACAUUCAUAAGAGAUUAAGAAUAAGCAUUGACACGUUGGACAAUGAAGAGAAACAAAUUUUUAUGGAUGUUGCAUGUUUUUUCUUGGGAGAAUUGACCACAGACGCCAUCAGAGUGUGGGAGGGAUCGGGAUGGGACAACGCUGAACAUGCUUUGCAAAGACUCAAAAAUAAAUGCCUGGUUGAAGAAAGGUCUAGAAUAGAUAACCAGUUUCAUGACCUGGAACAGAGUCUGGUAGGCGAAAGGAAGAAGAAUAAAUUCAUGGUACUAGUCGAUGAUGUCCUCGAAGAUUCGACAGAAGGAAAGUUUGUAUUGAGAAUGCAUGACCACUUGCGGGACUUGGGACAAGAAAUGGCAGAUGAACUGAGUCAUCCUCGUCGCCUCUGGCGUCCUCAACAUCUCGAAUCUUUGAUAUCAAAGGGAUUCGAAAACAUUCUCACUCAACCCAGAGUUCGGUGUUUGCAUUCUUUUAGAAAUCAGUACACAGGUGGCCAUAUUAAAUACUUUCUAGGGGAAGCAGAGAGUAUGCUCGAGCCUUCAACCGCUUUACUAUGGCUUGAGCUUGAUCAUUGGAGGCCUACACUUACAAACAUCCCUCUUCAAAAUUUGCAACGGUUAAGAAUCUCUGGUGGAUAUCUUGCUGCACAUCUAAAAGGAUUUUGGCAGACAGAUGUGCAGGAAUCCUUCCCCAUAAAAGUGCUGGAGAUCAAAGCGAUCCAUGACUUGGACGAGCUAAGCUUGGGCCUUCUUUGCAGUCUUGAAAAACUUGUAAUUUAUGGUUGUGCGUAUCUGACAAGAGUGACAGGAAUAUUUGAUCUCACAAAGCUAACAGAGUUGAACAUUAGUAAAUGUGGGAAGUUUGAGCUGGAGGAGUUAAGCUUGGGUCAUCUGCGGUGUCUGGAAAGAAUUCUAGUACAUAAUUGUAAGUACCUGAAAAUUGUGACAGGAAUAUCUGAUCUUAAGAAGCUACUUAUAUUUGCCAUGAGUAAUUGUGAAACAAUUGAGGAGUUAAGUUUUGAUCAACUCAGCAGCCUGAAAAGAAUUACAAUUCAUGAUUGUGGGCAUCUGAAAAGUGUGACAGGAAUAUCAGAUCUUGCAGAGCUAAUAGAAUUGAACAUUCGGAAAUGUGGAGAGCUUGAAGAGAUAAGUUUUGUUCAAAUCAGCUACCCAGAAAUACAGACAAUUCAUAAUUGUAAGCAUCUGAAAAGCGUGAUAAGAAUAUCUGAUCUUACGAAGCUAGAAAUUUUGCAUAUUUAUAGCUGUGGAAAGAUUGAGGAGUUAAGUCUAGCUCAACUCAGCUGUCUAAGAAUGUGUUCCGUUCCUGAUGUUCCCACGCUGAAGAGGGUUGAAUUGAAACGUUGUGAAAAUUUGCAUGAGGUAAAUGGAAUAUCUUCGAAUCUUGUUAAAUUGAACGUUUACGACUGUCCGGAGCUGGAGAUAAAUCCAGAUAUUGAAAAACUGGAAAGAAUGCAACUCUUUAAUUGCAGCAAGAGAACAAUCCGGAAUUGUAUUGUCCACAUGGAGAAGCUGCCGUCAGAUUUUAUUAAAGUAAUUGGUACAGCAGUCAAUGGAGCAGAGUCUACUCUCAACGCAAAUGUAUUCUGCAACUUCAAUAGCGUCAAUUCAGUCAUCGAAUUUGGUAUCGAUAACAUUUGCAAUCAUCUCGGGAGACAUGUGGUGGGCGCAAUCAUUUUAUGCGCCGUGGUUGUGGUUAAUACCUCUGAAGCAGCAAAGAGGAUUAAUGACUCCAUCGGCGAUUGUGAUUGGUCUCCAUGGCUGAAAUUUGAGAGAUUUGAAGUGAAAGGUUGCAAGAAUCUGGUUAAUAUAGAUGGAAUAUUUUGGAACCUUGUAAAAUUAAACAUUUACCGCGACUGUCCGAAGCUGGAGAAAAUACCAGAUAUAGUAAAAUUGUUUGCAUUAGAAAUAAUGCAGCUCUUAUAUGGCAGCAACCAAACAAUUCGGAAUUCUAUUCUCAACAUUGAGAAGCUGCCAUCAAACUUUAUUAAAGUAACUGAUAGAGCAGUGGGUGGAGCGGAGUCAACUUUCAACACAAAUAUCUUAUACUUGCAAUCAUCUUAUGUGCCAUGGUUGUGGUUAAUACUUCUGCGGUAG